GAUACAAAACUUAUUUAUACCAAAACUAGCAAUCAGCCAUCUCUUAAACCGACUCUCACUUGGGGAGAUAUCUUCAUCUUUGAUUUAUUUUGAGAAAUUCGUGUGAAAAAGUUUCUUUUUCAAUAGAAAUUUAAGCUGAAAUGAGAAAAGCAGAUCUGACCGAUACUCUUCUGUUUAGAACCUCGAAAAAUUAACAAGAUCGUGAGAAUGCUGACUCGUUGAUACGAUCAUGUUUGUUAGGGCUGAGAAUUACACAACACGUAACACGUGCAAAGAAGAUGAAGAAGCGCUCAGUGGCUGUAAGAAACUAAACCCAUUUGGGCUGCCUAAUGGCCAAUUGGUUGAGAAAAAUACCUAGGCGUGGCAACGCGCUAUUGAAAAGCGUUCAGAGACGCUCUUCUUUAGGUUAACAAGACUAAACUCCAUUUGGUCAACUAUAGUGGCAUACACCGGCAAAAUUCCAUAUUUUCCUUCAAUUGGCUUUAAGGGAACUUUGUUCUUACGGUGGCAGAUGGUCAAAAGGCGUGGGUGCAUACGAACAUCUUUUGCAUAGACGACAAGUUAACAGAGUAGCAAAAACACCUAACGCAUGCGAGUUAAUAGAUACUCAUUCUCUAUAACUUACAGAGUGUGGUUGGCUUUAAAACGGAAGGAGAGUUUAUAGUAAGAGAGUGGUUCGGAAGAUUGACUAGGCGACUAUCACUGUCAACUGCAUCAAAUAGGGAGGCAAACAGAAUGAUGAUGCAGCUUCAGCUGGUUGCAAUUUGUUGCUUUGCGUUGAUUAUUUGCAAAAGUUUGUCAAUCGAGGUACAACGAAGUUUAAAUGACCUGGACGAAGAUGCAAGAGCAAUGCAUCGCGAAAAGAGGCUUGUUCAAGAACUGAAUGCUGAAGAUCUUAGUGACAACGAAAAGAGAAAUUUACAGGAUCAGAAAGUGAAAAGGCCACAUUUGCUUCUUGGAAGAAUGGAUGCUGGCAUUGAUGAAUCAGACCUGUGGAACAACAACCACGAUGCUGGAUAUGAUUCCUUUAAAAAGACAGCGAUUGAUACGCAGAGAAGGUCAGCGUUGGAUGAUGUGAAGCUCUGGGCAAGGGAAGUGGCAGAGAAGAUAUCAAGAGAAGCGGAGCAGCAUGGAACCGCUGGCUUGUGGGGAAAGAGAGGUGCGAAACCAACUCUAUCUGAGAAAGAUCUAGCACUAUUUUUGAAUGCAUUGAAUAAUGAAGAAAGGAAAGCCAACGCUAGAAGAACAAUUGCAGACACUGAAAUUGAAAAUAGACAACAACCGGAGGAUUUGGGAUUGUGGGGAAAACGCUCAACGAAAUCCAAGAGGACGAGUAGGCACAGUGACGAGGAGAACCGAGGGAAUCAUUUAAAACGACAAGGCCAGCCUGGCAAUAUCGGGCUUUGGAAAGGAAAGAGGGGCUUUCAUGGAAACGGAGAAGCUAGCAAACCAAAUGGGGAUUCAAAUGUUGGUCUAUGGGGCAGAGAACAAGGGAUGUGGGAGCGAAAAAGAUCUAAUCAAUUGGCAAGAACAUAAAAUGGACAUUAACAUUUUUGCUAAUUAGAAAUCCAUAGCACUUGUCAUGACAUUUCUCUCAUUAGAUUAUGUCUUUCACAUGUAAACUGUUUGCUUCCUAACCCAAACACAAUUUUAAUACGAAUGUGACAUGAAUUGAAAAAGAAAUGAAUUUCUACGAGAGAAAUACUGUUCAAACUCUUGCAAAAGCAUAUCGUAUGGUUAUUUAUCAAUUAAGGAUCUGACAACUUUGUUAGUGUUCAAGAUUUAUCAAGGUUAUUUGCAUACUUUGAAACGAAAAGCUUCUCUUAAAAUCUAUAUAUAUAUUAAAUCAUUAUGUUGACGUGUGUAAUCAAAUCAAGAACAGCUCUGAUGGAUUACAAUUAUCUACAAUCUUUGAUUUCUUUCUUACACCAGCAGUUCCUUUUGCAAACGAAUAAUUGCGUUCAUGGAUUAGAAAAUUCCAUAUUUAUCAAAUGACCGUAAUUAUAA